CAAGUUUCAAUAUUCUUAUAUUCCUACGAGACUGAAAGAUAAGAAGAAAGAAAGAAAGAAAGAAAAAUGUCACCCCCCGAAGAAGACCUCUACCCUCUCCAAGACCGGAUCCAUACAUCCAACCACUCCCUCAACUCCUCACCCAACAACGAUAAGGACAACAAAAUCGACCCCCCAUCACCAGACGUUGAAAAGAACCCCCCUCAAUCAUCAUCCCCAUGGGCAGCUAGCCCACCCCCUGACGGGGGCCUCGCCGCCUGGUCUGUGGUUGUCGGGGCUUGGUGUUCGCUGUUUUGUAGUUUUGGGUGGAUUAAUAGCAUCGGGAUAUUCCAAACGUAUUACGAGACGACUCUUUUGGAGGGGUAUUCGACGAGUACGAUUGCGUGGAUUCCGUCGUUGGAGGUUUUUUUUAUGUUCUUUAUGGGUCCGAUAGUAGGAACUCUAAGUGACAGGCUCGGUGCCAGAAUCGUCAUCAUCGCGGGUGCCUUCCUACAUGUCUUCGGACUCAUGAUGGCUUCCGUCUCGACGGAAUAUUACCAAAUCCUAUUAUCGCAAGGAGUCUGCAGCGCUAUGGGUCUAUGUGCGAUCUUUCAACCAUCUAUGAGCUCCAUCCCCAGCUGGUUUGAUCAGAAGCGCGGCGCGGCGUAUGGGAUUGUUGCUUCUGGGUCUAGUGUAGGGGGCAUUGUCUUCCCCAUUAUGGUUAGUCGAUUGAUUGAUCAGGUUGGAUAUGGAUGGGCGAUGCGGAUUGCGGCCUUUUUGAUUCUGGGCCUGUUGGUGGUGAUGUGUCUUACGGUGCGGACGAGGACGCCGCCAUCGAAGCAGCAGAUGGAUAAGGAGGCGUUGUUGCGGCCGUAUCGUGAUGUGAGGAUGAUGUUUCUGGUCUCUGGGUUUGUGUUGUUGACGUUUGGGGUGUUUAUUCCCGUGGAUUAUUUGGAGACGUCGGCUUUGGCGGAUGGGAUGAGUGCAGACUUGGCGCAAUAUUUGUUGGCGAUGUUGAAUGCCGGGAGUCUGUUUGGUCGAAUGGGGGCUGGGGCCUUUUCCGAUAAAGUCGGACCUUACAAUAUCUUUGUCGUGGUCUGUACCAUCACGGGCAUCCUGGUCCUGGCACUCUGGAUCCCGGCGACUAGCAACGCUGGGAAUAUUGUCUUUGGCAUCCUCUUUGGCAUCACCUCUGGCGCUUACUUCUCCCUGUCGGCGGCCCUGGUGGCAAAGAUUGCUCCGCUCCGGGAGAUUGGCUACUGGACUGGAGUGCUGUUCUUGUUCGCGUCGAUUGGAGGCUUGACGACCAAUCCGAUCGCGGGCGCGAUUCUGCAGCACGACAAUGGCUCAUAUGUCGGGAUGAAGGUCUAUUCGGGAGUCUUUUUGCUGGCAGGAAGUGUGUUCGUCCUGAUGACGCGUGUUCGCCAGACGGGCUGGGUGUUGAAGGCAAAGUGUUGACUUAACUACUUAGUAGUCGGGUACCUGUAUAUUAUUAGCUUU